UGUUCUGAGAGACUUGAGGGGAAAACAUCAGUCUUUCACCUGCUUUUCUCUUGCCCUUUGCCACCGGGCUCUCUGGAGCACUUUUCAUUAUGUCACAAAUGCCCAGCACAGGAGUGGACCCCACCAAGAUGGGGGUUGGACGGGCCAUCGCUGUCCUGACAUCAGGAGGUGAUGCUCAAGGGAUGAACGCAGCAGUGAGAGCCACAGUCAGAGUCGGCCUGUACACGGGAGCUAAAGUCUUCUUCGUUCAUGAGGGCUACCAGGGCCUAGUUGAUGGAGGAGAUAACAUUCGCCCUGCUACCUGGGAGAGUGUGUCUAUGAUGCUCCAGCUGGGGGGCACUGUUAUUGGCAGCGCUCGUUGUAAGGAUUUCCAGACCCGGGAGGGCCGAAUAAAGGCUGCCUUCAACUUGGUCAAAAGGGGCAUCACCAACCUGUGUGUCAUUGGUGGAGACGGAAGCUUGACUGGUGCCAAUCAGUUCCGCACAGAGUGGAGUGGUCUGCUGGGUGAUUUGGUCAGCAAAGGCAAGAUCACUGCAGAGGAGGCCAAGUGUGCGUCUCACCUGAACAUCGUGGGCAUGGUGGGAUCCAUCGAUAAUGAUUUCUGUGGGACAGAUAUGACCAUCGGCACCGACUCUGCUCUCCACCGCAUCAUGGAGGUGGUGGACAGCAUCACCACCACAGCUCAGAGCCACCAGCGUGCCUUCAUCCUGGAGGUCAUGGGAAGGCAUUGUGGUUAUCUGGCUCUGGUCACUGCUUUGGCGUGUGGUGCUGACUGGGUGUUCAUUCCUGAGAUGCCUCCUGAUGAUGGCUGGGAGGACCACCUGUGCAGGAGGCUGAUGGAGACCAGAAACAGAGGCUCUAGGCUGAAUGUGAUCAUUGUGGCUGAGGGAGCCAUGGGCAGAGACGGCAAACCCAUCACAUGUGAUCAGGUUAAAGAGUUGGUGACUAAGAGGCUGGGCUACGACACGCGCACCACCAUCCUGGGACACGUGCAGAGAGGAGGAACCCCUUCAGCGUUCGACAGGAUACUGGGCAGUAGGAUGGGUGUGGAGGCUGUGAUGGCUCUGCUGGAGGCCACACCUGACACUCCAGCGUGUGUGGUCAGUCUGUCGGGGAACCAGGCGGUCCGACUGCCGCUGAUGGAAUGUGUGCAAGUGACCAAAGAUGUUACUAUUGCCAUGAAAGAGGGCAGAUAUGACGAAGCUGUGAAGCUCAGAGGAAAGAGCUUUGAGAACAACUGGAACACAUACAAGCUGCUGGCUCAUGUACAUCUUCCAGAGACCAAAAGUAACAUUAAUGUGGCCGUGCUGAAUGUGGGGGCUCCCUGUGCUGGCAUGAAUGCAGCUGUGCGGGCUGCGGUCAGGAUCGGCAUCAUCCAGGGCCACAGCAUGCUGGCAGUGCAUGACGGCUUCGAGGGUUUGGCCCAAGGAAAGAUCGAGUCUGUCACUUGGAACAGUGUUGGCGGCUGGACAGGAAAAGGGGGCUCAGUUUUCGGCACCAAAAGAACCCUUCCAGCUAAGCACAUAGAGGAGAUAAGCCUGAACAUUGCCAAGUACAACAUUCAUGCUCUGGUCAUUAUAGGAGGUUUCGAGGCGUUCUCAGGUGGUCUGGAGCUGGUCCAGGCCAGACAGAGGUAUGAGGAGUUGUGUAUCCCCAUGGUGGUCAUACCUGCUACUGUCUCUAAUAAUGUUCCUGGAUCAGACUUCAGUAUUGGGGCUGAUACUGCCCUGAACACCAUCACCUCGACUUGUGACAGGAUCAAGCAGUCAGCUGCUGGCACUAAGCGACGCGUGUUCAUCAUUGAGACUAUGGGCGGUUACUGUGGUUACCUGGCCACCAUGUCCGGCCUCGCUGCAGGUGCAGAUGCCGCAUACAUCUUUGAGGACAAGUUCAACAUUCGUGAUUUAGAGACAAAUGUGGAGCAUCUGGUAGAGAAAAUGAAGACAACAGUUAAGAGAGGGCUGAUUCUCAGAAAUGAGAACUGCAAUGCCAACUAUACAACUGACUUUAUCUUCAACCUGUACUCAGAAGAAGGAAAGGGCAUCUUUGACUGCCGUAAGAAUGUCCUAGGACACAUGCAGCAGGGUGGUACUCCAACUCCAUUUGACAGAAAUUUUGCCACUAAGAUGGGUGCAAAGUCUGUUCUCUGGCUAACUGAGAAGCUGAAGGAGUGUUACAGACAUGGGCGUAUUUUUGCCAACAGUGAGGACUCUGCGUGCGUGUUGGGCAUGAGGAAGAGAGGUCUGGUGUUCCAGCCCCUGGCUGAGCUCAAGGAGCAGACUGAUUUUGAGCACCGUAUUCCAAAGACUACGUGGUGGCUGAAGUUGAGACCUAUUCUGAAGAUCUUGGCUAAGUACAAGAUCAAUCUGGACACCUCUGAGCAGGCUCAUAUGGAGCAUAUUAUCAGCAAAAGAGCUCCAGUCGCUCUGUCUGGUAAAAUGAAAGAGUAAAAUGAGGACUGAGAAGAGCAAAGGACUAAUGUGGGGAAACCUGACCACACAUCCAAUCUCUCUCAUGUCACUAGUCUUUACUGUUCAUUGUUUUCAUUUUUUUGUGAUGGCCCUCUUUCUUUGUUGACCAUUUAUUUUGUCAUAUUUUGUCCAUGCACUUGUGGAAUCUGUUACCACUGUAACCACUGCAAUCAAUUAAAAUUAAUUUAAACAGAAUAAACUAAA